AGAAAAUGUCAGAAAUAUCGUAUGGUUCCCACCCUUGUACCACAGUACAACGAACCGAAGCUUAGCAGACGCAAACUGUAUGGUUAAAUUUGCUUUAAUCGUCGUUCCGCUGUUGUAAUUGUCUCCUCUUGAAUGGCUCCCGGGUCCAGAUAUGGAUAUCAAUGUCGUCAAAUAAAUUGUGGUCCGCCAGACGCGGCCCCAUGUAAACUGCCAACCUUACGCUGCACAUGGAAACUCGGGUGCGGUUACAUCGAGGACUACGACAACUGGAUAGUCGGAUGUUAUUCGAAAAAUUGAUAGAACAACUACUCGUCCCAGAGUCACGUUCCGGCUAUUCUUUCAAUUGAUGUCAACCCAGACGAUCUCAUUAUCCCAUUUAUCGGGUGGGAUCCUAAUCCAGCAUUGGCUUUGAAAUCUUCGUCGGGUUGCUUCUGGUUCUUUAACCGACAUAUUACUCCAUCCAUUCACGGACUGGGCUUCCAGAAACCGUUUUCCUUCUCCGUUGAUGGAGUGUACCGCUGUCCACAGUAUGGUUCCAUCUGCAAUAAUGUUGUACAAAUUUUCUUUUUCUGUUUGAGGACCUCUAUGAAAAAGAAAAAGGAUCCGUCUCAAGCCACAUCGCACCCACCUCGGCGACUACCGCAGCGUACAUACAGUAGCGUGGGCGGUUGCCAGGGUGGACAACUAAGGUACAGCUAAGCGAGUGGAACUAUACGAUGGACCAGGGAGCGGAUAAUGCGGCACCUUUUGCGUCAAGGGCGCGUGGGAGAACACUUAGUAACAUCAAUGGUGGACGAUCCUCUAUUAUUGCAGCCAGGCUUGCAGUCUUGGUUUGGUCGAAUCCGUUGUAUGUCAGUGUCAAUCAUUGCAGUCAUAUCUAUCAAUGGUACAGAACAACCGAUGAUUCUGGGUCGAUCAGUUACCGGAUGGACAUCACUGUGAUCACUUCUAUUACCUGUUGAUAUCGAGGGCGGCACAACAUGGUCGCCAUGCGAUGACAUGCCAUUCGAACGACUCUGAGUUCUUCUAGCAGGCCAGCCUCUCUGUCAUGGAAGAGUCGUCUGAGUACUGAAGAAGACAAUCUUUAUAUCAGACCUUGGUGGACAACUUGAAUGUGGGCUCACCUCUUCGAGGCAGACAGAUUACUCCGAUGUGAAAGAGCAAUCUUAAACGAAUAGCUUCUAUUAGGCGCUCGAUACAUCCCCAUCGCCGUUUCAAGUACUCGUCCGGCUACUUGGGUCUCCCUUCGGUUCUCACCUGUGUCAACUAAGUACUACGGACAAGCCGAUAGCACGCGACCACAGACCGCUAGAGACUGUGGACUGACCGACGCAAUUUCAAUUUCUGUUAGCAACCACCGACCAUAAGCGAGGGUCAGACGUGGACCUGCGACGUCUUAUCCUGUGGUACCAGAAAGAAGCAGAAGAAUAGAAGAGGAAAAGAAUAAAGUUUGUACCCAUGAUCCAUCUCUAAUCCCACUUUUACCAUUACUAUUACUGUCCUCUGACCACUGGCACUGUACAUCCCACAAAAAAGCACAUCUAGAUACUAUACAUCUGAUCGACUCUACUAUUGACAACCCUUCACAAACCAUUGACGAACUGACAAAAAACAAAGCAAAUUGCUCGCUUCCCUUCCCUUCCAUUCCUUUCACAUUCACGGUAUCCCACUCUUCGUCCCUUUGGCCGCUUUAGCCGCAGCAGUCGUACUCCUCGUGGUUCUCCCUUUGGGCGCUGCUGCUGCUGCUGCUGCUGUAUUCCCAUUCCCCUUCCCGUUCCCAUUCCCUUUUUGCGACUUACCAUCAACAAUAGGCACAUUCUUAUCAUUCAUUGCCCACUGCGGCGCAAUCUUCUGAUCAACCGCCAUUUUCAACGUGACAUGAUCAGGCAUCGCACCAACCCCUUCUCUCCAGUAUCGACAAGACCCAUACCCGCAUUUACACCCAUAAUCAAAGGCCGUAAAAUAGGCAUCACCAUAGUCGAUGGUCAAUUCCUCACCAUAGUCAAUCCGCCGCAUUGCUUUCACGAGCACGACGCGCCGGUGACCUAGGUUGACGGUUUCGAAGCGCGUGUUGGGUCGACAGGAAUGGUUGAUGUAGCGGGUCCAAUUGCCGCGGACGGCGGAAUCGAUAACGAAAGCUGGACGGGAGGACUGUCCUCUUUUUCCUCCCAUCUUUCCUCCCAACUUGUUGCCUCCUGACGACGGACUCGAAAUGACAGUGGCAGCUGUGGCCUUCGAAACUCGAUUCCCAGUCUUCGCACCCUUUGCGGCUGUGGCCCUGGUCCUCCUCUUCUUCGCAGGACUAUUCCCAUCACUCGCGGCGGUAUCACUCGCUUUCACAAUCUCAACUUCCAACAUAUACGAGUGUCCCGCACUCCCACCAUACCGCGCUAUAAUAGCCUGCCCGAGACCAUUCUUCUUCGCUGUGUCGCGUUUAACAGGAUAUAUCUCGCCAAUAUAUUCCCCGAGGAACUGUUUGUCACGUAUAUCCUGGAGAGCGCGCACACCCGUCCCCGUGCGUUCAGUCGUCAUAAGCUCAACAAGAACAGACCCCGCAUACCCUGCUCUGCUGCAAAGAUCAGCGAAAGAACAGUCGCACCCGGAAGAUGAAACAAGAGAAUAUUCGCUCCCACAUACUUCACAGUGAUUGUCUUUAUACCCGCAGAACCGCGGGUCGCCAUCGGCUUCGGCCGCAAGAUUCUUCCAGUCGUAGUUGGGGAGUAGAAUCGUCUGGGAGAUAUUCAAUUGGUGCGCGGCUUGGAGGUCACCUACUUUGAUCGACGGUGCUGCCGUCGUCCCUGUCGCUGCGUUUCCCUGGCCAUUAGCAGUCGUGAAACCGUCUCUAACCAGAUCACUCGUGACAGUAUACUCAAUCGCACACCUCACCGCUUCCAUUCUGUUGUCGAGCGGCAAAACCCAAUGAUACGGCGACGAGUCAUCAGCAUUAGGAUGAAAAUCUUUGAGAUCAACGUUAGCAUUGAUGCCCAAAUUGGACGCGGUGAUGCCAUCAGGUUUGAAAUCAAAGUCUCGCAAAACAGAUUUCAAAAAAACACCCAGGUCAGAGUCGGAGGCGGCCAGCGCUCUCCGCCAUUCAAGGCCGCGCGUUCGGGCGAAUAGUUCCAAACUGGAUGAAACUGCUGGUAGCUUGAUUCGAUCGACUAUGUUUUUCCAUGUCGGGCUCUUUAGAUUGGAGUCGGCCAAAGCAGCUCGAAAGGAUGAAGAGUGGGAGCAGAUGCUGAGAAGUAAGAGAGUUGGGAAGGAUUGCAGUCGGUCUUUCAACGUGGAUGUGGAUGGCGGACUCACCUUGAUGAUGUCCAUUGCGUCCUGGUACACGCGGCCCACGCGCCGGGUACUGGUGGACUUGAACUUGUCUAGGGCCUCGAGGACAUCGUCUCGCUUCUUCUUGGGCAAUAGCUUUAAAAAGCGAAUGGUCCUGGCUUUCCGGAGGACGGAGUGGAUUUCGUCCUGGUCAGCAGAGGCGAUGGGGUUGAUUGCUGCAUCGUGGAUCUCGGCGUAGAUCUUGAUCAUUAGUCCGUCCAGUUCAUUCUUGGGUUUCAAGGGGCGGAGGACUUUGGGACUGCCAUUGCCAGUGGCUGUGCUUGGACCGGACGUGCGAGCCGAGGGUUGCUUUGCGAUCCUGUUACUGCGCCGGAGAGGAGCAGUGGCAUUGGCGUUGGCAUUGGCUUUGGCCAUUCUUGUGCUGCUGUGAAGAUGCUUCUCUGCAAGGGGGUUUGUUCCUGGAUGUUAAGGUGAGUGGUAUAGAGACGAGACCAUGCAUGGCCACACGCGUCCGUUCGCCUGGGUAUGAAGCCAUUUUGAAGGACGGCGUGAGUGGCCAGAAAUAGAAACAAAGACAAUGGUUUGAUUGCACGUUGUGUUGGAGCCCAAAAUAUCUUGGAGGAACAAAAGAAAACAAUCGUGUUGUAGCCGUUGGUAUAUAUGGACAAAGAAAGAGACGUGGUGUCGCCAUGGCCCAUUUCGGCGGACAAGGCUGGAUAGCCCCUGCUGGAGUAGCGGGAGCGACACACGCAUCGCUAUGUAGAAUCGGCAGAUGAGAUGAAGAAACCGAAAACAUGGAUGACGGUUACCAUGCUCAGAUGAAUUCAGGCACUGUAAAACGUUGUAGCAUAACUCGUUGCAUCGUCCCGAAGCAGAAAACAUCGGGAAAGGGUAUCUCCAUCGGAAAUGUGUAUUUAUACAGUCUCAAUAUACCGUCUUACCUCCCAGUCGGUGACCGCUUCAUCCCACAGCCGCAGCUCGUGCUCACGCGUGCCACCGUA